AUGGCGAUUGAAGCAAUAUUUGGCCUUUCCUUUAACUUUCUUUUUUUGCAUGCAGAUUCUGAAGCAACCACAUUCACCAUCACAAACAACUGCCCUUACACUAUAUGGCCAGCAACCCUAACAGGCAGUGGCACUCCACUGUCCUCGACUGGCUUUGAACUGCCCUCUCACGCAUCGUUAACAAUAACUGCCCUGCCACCAUGGAGUGGUCGGGUUUGGGCUCGUACCGGUUGCACUACAGACUCUUCCGGCAAGUUUAGCUGUGCCACCGCGGACUGCGCUUCAGGUCAAGUCCAAUGUAAUGGUGCCGGCGGAAUCCCACCUGGCUCUCUUGCAGAGUUCUAUAUAGCACCAAACAGUGGAAAAGAUUUUUAUGAUAUUAGUCUUGUUGACGGCUUUAACUUGCCUGUUUCGGUAACCCCACAAGGCGGAAAUGGCGUUGCAGGGGAGUGUCAGAGCACCAGUUGUUCAGCUGAUGUGAAUAAAGUUUGUCCACCGGAACUUGCGGAUUAUGGAGAAGGUGGGGUUAUUAUUGGUUGCAAGAGUGCAUGUGUAGCAUUAGCACAACCACAAUAUUGUUGCACCGGUGAGUUUGGUACGCCGGAAAAGUGUCCACCAACUAGUUAUUCUCUGAUUUUCAAGAACCAGUGUCCUCAGGCUUAUAGUUAUCCUUAUGAUGAUAAGACUAGCACAUUUACAUGCAGUGGUGGAGCUAAUUAUCUUAUCACAUUUUGUCCAUGA